UUAAAAAUAGGGGUGGAUCUUUAUUCUCUGGUCAAGCAGGGAUAAAAUCUUAAGAUUUAUUUGAUUAUGGCCUAAAUUUAAGUUUGGCAGUUUGGUGAAUAAGACCUUCAACAUAGCAGAAUUUUGAUAAACCUUUCUAAGGACUCCAGUAUGUUCGUAUUUCUGCAGGCUGGUCUGUAUAUCGUGGAGUUCUUCGACACCUAUGUGUACAAUGUGGCCGUUCCGCUGAUGUGUCUUCUUGAGACCGUCUCCGUUAUGUGGUUAUACGGGGUGCACCGCUUUGCCAACAACAUCUCCGACAUGACCGGCAGCUCGGAGAGUCUCGGCAUGAAGUGGAUGUGGAAGAUGUGUAUGCCCGUGUUUCUAAUUGGCAUACUGUUGCUGGAGUUUGUGACCACCGGGAUAUUCGGAGUGUCUCACAGACUGGUGCCACCAGAGUGGUUGACAGCCGUUGGGUGGCUGUUGUCAUGUCUGCCACCUCUCGGGAGUAUCUUGCUGGGACUCUACUUUCUGGCUUUUACUAAAGGACCCUUGAAAAUUAGAAUCAAGAAAUUGCUGCACACUCCCCACAGCUGGGGUCCGAAACCCAGCGACGAUGAUGACGAAUUACCUGAGUAUGUGAUCAGCAAGCCAGAUGUACAUCGCCCCGUCAACGCCCUCGCAUUGUUAACUGCCAAUUUAUAUCUGCCCAACUUCCUCGAUCUCACCAGCAUGGAGCGAAGACGUGAGUCUUCAGACCUCAGUGGCACGGGAUACUUGUCAGAUCUGAACACUGUCUCCAGCUCAGACGACGAGUCCAGUGAGGAUGAAAACAAGGCGCGUGGCAACUGGGGUGGCCAUUUUGAAUUUGUCUUCUCAUGUCUCGGAUACGUUGUUGGACUGGGAAAUGUGUGGAGGUUUCCUUACUUGGUGUACAGAAAUGGAGGAGGUGCUUUCUUCAUCCCCUACCUAAUAAUGUUAAUAUUCUGUGGUCUUCCUCUGGUGUACAUGGAACUGGCCUUUGGGCAGUAUGCAAGUCUUGGACCUAUCACCAUAUGGAAAGCAGUUCCACUGUUUAAAGGUAUUGGAUAUGCAAUGGUUCUUGUUUCUGGAGUUCUGUCAAUCUACUACAACAUGGUUAAUGCAUGGGCUGUCUACUACUUAUUCACAUCCAUGACAUCUGUGUUGCCGUGGCAACUGUGCACCAACCCCUGGAACACUGAGAACUGCCAUGAGAACAAGUUUGAAGUGACAAAUUGUUUGGCGAUUAACAUGAGUUUUGUGAACACGGAGGAGUUCAUGAACGGGUCUGGGAGUUGCUACAGCAUGCUACAAGACUGUCAGCUCCACAACAAGACUCAGGUGGCUGGGUGUAUUGGCAGUCUCCGGGACAUGUUUGGAGAUGUCGUUGUUAUCCUUGAACACUAUCAAAACCGGACCAGUCCCAGUGAAGAAUUCUUUUAUCGUUCAAUGUUGGAUGCAAGCCCAGGGUUGAACAGUAUUGGGGAAAUUCGCUGGCAGCUAGCCCUGUGUUUGCUGCUGUGUUGGGGCAUCGUGUUCGUGUGUCUGGUCAAAGGAAUCAAGUCAUCAGGAAAGAUUUCGUAUUUGGUGGUUUCCUUCCCGUAUGUGAUAAUAAUGGUGCUGCUGAUUCGUGGUAUAACGAUGGAUGGGAACCUGGAGGGAAUCCGCUACUAUGUGACCCCACGCUGGGAGCUGCUGGCCAAGCCUGAGGUGUGGGCCGACGCCGCAACGCAGGUUUUCUUCACUCUGUCGGCCUGCUGGGGUGGCCUUUCAACGCUCUCCAGCUACAACAAGUUCCAUAACAAUAUUUAUAGAGAUGCAAUAUUGGUGUGUAUUGGUGACACACUGAUGAGUGUGCUGGCAGGUUUUGCUGUGUUUGCUGUGAUUGGAGUCCUUAGUAAAGAACUCAACACUACUGUGGACAAAGUCAUUCAGACAGAUGUCGGCCUGACGUUCAUCGUGUACCCAGCAGCCAUCUCAUACUUCCCAGUCUCGUCUCUCUGGUCCGUGCUGUUCUUCCUCAUGCUCGUCAUGAUGGGGCUCGGCACGCUGUUUUCUAGCGUCGAGACGAUCGUCACGGCAAUCAUCGACGAGGACAGUGACAGAUUCAAAAAGAAGAGGAUCUACAUUUUACUGGUUCUGUGUAUUGUGGAGUUCUUGUUGGGUCUGCCUCUCACGUCACAGGGAGGAAUUUACAUAGUACAGCUGAUGGAUGAGUACCUAGCAGGAUUCCCUCACAUGAUCAUUGGUAUUUUCAUGCUGAUUGCCAUAUCGUGGGUGUAUGGGGUGAAACAGUUCUGCAGUAAUGUGGGUCAUAUGAUCGACCAGAAGGUUGGGUGGUGGUGGCAGGCCAUGUGGCGAUAUGUCUCACCCACUAUCAUUGUGUUCAUUCUGGUGUUUUCUGCGGUGGGCUAUCUGCCACUGAUGACGAAGUUUGAUGCCAUCAAGUACACGACUUGGUCCGAGGGACUCGGGUUUCUCAUGGCUUUCAUCUGUAUCUCUCCAAUCCCUAUCUACAUGCUGUACAAGAUCAUCUCCGAAAAGGGCACUCUUAUCCAGAGAAUUAAGCGCUCUUGCCAGUCAGAUCGAGACUGGGGCCCGGCACUAGAAAAGAACUGGCAGUACAUUGAUUACUACCCUACAGUGCACGCCGCCAUGAUGGAGGCAGAGAACUCGAAUAUAGACACCAUCACAGAUCAGGUUGAGUUCACCACUGUUGGUGUCCGAGUCCCCAGCCUGUCCCAGACCAGCCUCCUCCCCAUCUCUCCAAACCUCCCCCGCACAAAGAAACCCAUGGACAUGCGUCAGAAAGCGAUAUUAAACCAUGCGUACAGCAACCCGCAGUGCAAUCUGUCCACAGGUUCGAUGGAGAAGCUGAUAAACCGUCAGUGUAGUUCCAGUGAAAUGCUGCUCAGUGAUGUGAUCAUCGUGCCGAGGGUGCGGAGAGGAACACAGAUGCGAGACGUGGCCACACAGACGGAAGCCUCCCUGCUCCAGAAGCAGUCACUUGUGGUUACCGCGACAAAGAUCCAAGAAGAGAAGAAACUGAGGCGAGUGUCGUGGCAGAGCGACCGACCCCAGCACCUGUCUCUACAGUGUAUUAGAAACGAGGACAGUGCACACAGCACAUCAUCAUCGUCAUCACAGCGCUACUCCUGGCACCAUGCCAGCGACCAUGAGAAGACCAGACACUUACCUCCUGCCCACCAGUUGGCCCCUACCACACGCGCAAGUUCUUCACGUCUCUUUUCACCGACCAGACGCUCCGGGAUAUCAGGACUAGAGUUUGACAAAAAACGGUUACAGAAUGACAGAGUGAAAGAGGUUUCAACAUCAAUGACAGCUUUAAAGAUGUUUCCACAGAGAAGUGUUUCUGAAGGAGAUGCUGGUAAUUGUGAUGGUUCAAUUCGAUUGCAAUCAGCUGAAGAUAGGUCACGGAGUAAGGACAACACCAUAGAAGAUAUUGUCAACAGUGAUAGUCCAUCAGUGUUACUGUUGGCUAAACCAGGAUCAGUGAAUCCCAGUGACGGUGAUACUGUGUUGCUGUUGGCUAAACCAGGAUCAGUGAAUCCCAGUGAUGGUGAUACUGUGUUGCAGUUGGCUAAACCAGGAUCACGGAAUCACAGUGACAGUGAUAAUGACCAACUGUCUCUACCCGAGAGACAACAGUCGCAGGACAGCAUUAGUAGUUAUGCAAGUGUUUUUGAAAGAACUUCACUGAACAAUAUUGUUCGUGAUAAUUCUGACAUGAUGAGUAAAUCACAACAUGAAUUAGAGGGAUUGCCAGAAAAUUCAGCUAAUGAACAUUGUACUGGUAAUAGGAGUUUGUUUGUGGACAUCCUAGAACAUGGAGUCUGUCAGUCUCAGUCACUGCAUGUUGAAGAGAUGGGUACAGAUCACACAGCAGAUGGACACAUUGAAGAUAAAGGUCAAUCGUCAGCUUCCGACAGUUUGAUAUUCAGCAAGCUUGGUGACGGAAGUCAGACUUCACAGACUCCUAUCAGAUCAUUGUCAUGGCAACAUGAUGGUGAACCUGCGGUCCUGGAGGUUGAGAUGACUCAUUUGUGACGGAUGAAAUGAUGUUGUCAUGGCAACAUGACGGUGAACCUGCAGUCUUGGAGGUUGAGAUGACUCAUUUGUGACAGGUAAAAUGAUGUUGUCAUGGCAACAUGAUGGCGAACCUGCGGUCCUGAAGGUUGAAAUGACUCAUGAAAUGAUGUUGUUAUGCAAAGUAAAACAUGAAAGUUUAAAAUAUGCAAAAUAUAGUGUAAGAUGAAAUCUGUUGGAAAAUGCCGACAGAAACUAAUAUGGCCAUGUUCUUGGUACAGUCUUAGUGCUACAAUUAUACCUGUGUACAAACACAAUACUUGAAAAAAUAUGUAUUUGUGUGGCUGAGACUUCAUUAAAACAAAUAUAUGCUUGUAUGCAUGUUUUAUGGGUUUUUUAAUGGUUUUAAAAUAAUUAUGAAUUCUAUUAUUCGGUUUUGGUGAUGCAAAAACGAACUGAUGUGAAAAUUCAAGUUCUUCAGCUUAUGCAAAUGAAAGAACACAAGGACAAUGCUACAUUGUAUAUAUUAUUGUUAAGGCAUAUCAGUUAAAGCAUAGCAAUUAUAUAUAAUGUACAUUUUUGUUACAUAAUUUAUAUACUGAAAUAUUGCAUUGUGCAGUGAUUAUCAGUGUAGUUAAUGAUUAUAAGUGUAUUUAAUGGAUGUGUAUUUCCUACUGAAGAAACCACACAAGAAUCUUGACAUACCAGUCUGUGAUAUAAUUACAUUUUGAUUUUAAAGUUCAAAGUUCAGUUUUUAUUUUAGCAAUAAUAUGUAGUUUUAACUGAUGGUAACCAGUGGCAUUUUGGUGCAGAACACCUCUUAUAACAGUUUUGUAUUAGAGCAUUAGGGGCCAUUCAGAACUGUCAAAUUUUCACAAACAUACAAAGAGUCCUUUUUCUUCUUUUUUUUGCUAUUCCUAUGUUGAUUCUGUAAGGGAUGUUUUAUCAUCAUUUGUUUAAUUUAAAAGCAUAUCCAGUUUGCUUUGUUUUGUUUAAUAAUCACACCACUGAUUGAGCUAUUGGAUGUCAAACAUUUGAUAAUUCUGACAUCUAAUUUAAGAGAAAACCUGCUAUA